CGGGCCGGGCAGUACCUGGCAGCCUGGGCGCUUCCUCAGUUCCUGCUGAUCACCCAGGGAGACCUGCAGAUGCUGAAGGCAGAGGCAGAGCAGCUGAUGCUGCAGGUGAGCAAGACCUUCCCGGAGCCAGGGAACAUUCACGGGGACAGCCCCUCUGAGCCACUCCCCAGCCCGGGAUCCCCGUGGGAGUUCCAGCUAUGCCGGCAGAUUUGUGAUGUGACCAACAACAUCCAGCUCUUCUCCGGGGAAGUGCUCUGGAUGUUCUCCACCAGCUGCAAACGGCUCUCAGCUGAGAUCUUCGACCAGACAAUGCCGCUGGGCCGGCACUGGCGGCUUGGGCCACGUGCUGAGCUGCCCAGCUCCCCCAGCGCGUAUGCGGCAGCUGCAGUGCAGGCGGUGCUGGGGUGCCCACCCUGGCACGGGUAA